UUCAAAGAAACUGCAUAAUACUUUCUCAUACUUGGUUAUUUUCUUCUUCUCUCUCGUAAAAAACGGUUGAAACAUUAUAACGGUAACUUUUCAUUCAUCUUUCUCCUUCUUCAGGGACAACAUUACUUGCUUUCUUCUGUUCUUCAAAUCAGGGAAAACAGAUUUCUUUGUUGAAUUUCUUAUAUGUGAAAAGAAAAAUGGAAAAAGUUUAUGAAGAGUUGGAUGAAGCAAAAUCUGAGAUUGACAAACUCAAGGCAGAACUAAGAGCAAAAUCAGAUUCACUUGAGAAUUUGAAGAGAUCCCUUAAUGCACAAGUCAACCAAACACAAGAAGCAAAGUCCAAAUCUGAGAAGCUUGAUCAGGAACUGCUUCAGAAGGCGGACGAAAUUGCUGAGGCGAAGAGUUUAUAUGAAAGUCUGAAAGGGAACUUGAAAGAACAAGAGUCCAUCAUCAAACAUCUCAAAGCUGCAAACGAUAAACUUCGAGUUGAUUUCGAUGAAAAGAUUAAAAUGUGGGAAAAUGAGAAAAGAGGGUUGGUGUUGGCCUUAGAGGAAGCAAAUGACAAGGCAGAGAAUCAAGAUCAGCAGGUUUGUCGAUACAGAAAAGAAAUUGAAAGCCUGAAAAGUUGUCUAUCGGUUUCGAAGCAGAAGUGUUCAGAAUCACAGAAGAAAUUAAAAUCAUCCAAAGAACUAAGUGAAAGAGAUGGAAUGUUUCAGAAGUUGGAGGAGGAAAAAGUGAAGUUGGAAGAUCAGUUAAAGUGGAAGAAGGAACAGUUUAAACAUCUAGAAGAAGCAUAUGAGAAACUUAAAGGCCAAUUUAAGUCUAGCAAGAAAGAGUGGGAGAUGGAAAAAUCCACAUUGCUUGAUGAGAUUUCCUCACUUGAAACUAAAUUAGAGUCUCAGAUCAGAAUAUCAGAAGAUCUUCAACAUCAGUUACAGACCUGCCACCAAGCUCUUGCUCAUGUAGAAAGUCAGAAAAAGCGACUCGAAGUUGAAGUUUCGGAUUUUAGGCUGCAGCUUGAUAAUGCUGGUAGCGAGUACCAUGAUGCCAGACUACAGCUUGAUUGUUUAAACUCUGAUCGCGACAAAGAUAUUGUUGAUUUGAGAUAUUCGCUGAAAACAAAAGAGGCGCAUAUUAAAGAAGCAAAGUACCAAAUGGAGAAGCUAGAGCAAGAAAAUCAAGAGUUAAGGAUGUCACUCAGAGAACUACAGGAAUCUCAAAUUCAAGCAGGUGCUUACUAUUCGCAGUCAAAGUUGAGGACCAAGCUUAAAAAUUUAGAACAAACACAUAAAGAGUGUGCUUUGACUCUUAAGGCUAGAGAGGCCGAAUGGGACUCUCGGAUAGAACAAUUGACUGGACAACUGAAUACGUGUCAAUCUGAGUUGGAAGCCAAAAUUGCAGCAGUGGAAGAGCUUCAGAUGGAGUUGGAAAGUUCUCAUUUGAUAGUCGUUGAGACAAGGUUGUUAAAUGAGGAGAUGUCUGUGAUGCUGCUAGUGUUGAAACAAGGAAUUUCUGAGGCUCAGUUAAGGCUUGCCAAUUAUAAAGAUGAGAUGGAUCUGCUCAACAAAGAGAAAGAAAGGGAGAUUUUUCAACUGAUGAAGCAGUUGGAGAUGAAAGAUGAUUCUUUGAUCAGUGCUCAAAAAGGCUUAAAUGAAGAACGCGAGAAAGCAGAGUGUUUGAUGAGGAAGAUUGAGUCCUUUGGAUCCAGCAAAGAGUUGCAGCGCUCACUACAAAAUGAACCUGAGUCUUAUGGAUGUAACAAAGAACUGCAGAACGAACUUGAUAGGUACAAAGAAAUGCUGGAGGAAUCAACUAGGUGUCAGCGGAUCCUCGAAGAGAAGGUUUUGCAGAUCGAAUGUGAAUCAAAAGAACAACUUAGAGAAACACAUGAAGCUUUAGACAUUGCUAUCAAUGAACUGGAUGAGAGAAUUUGCGAAAGAAGUGAAAUGGAAUUUGAAUUGCAAAUAUGGAAGUCAAUUCUUGAUCGUUUGAAGAAUGAUCUUGAAGAAAGCCAUUUGAUGCGUAAAGAACUAGAAGCUUCACUUAUUGCACAAGUAGAUGUUGGUGAAAGCAUCAAGCAAGAGAAAGAUAAGGCUGUCGAGGAGCUUCAGAAAGAGGUUUUUAUGUUGGAACAAGAAUCAUUUAGAAGAGAAUUUGAGAGUGUUGUGAUUGCAAAAAGCACAAUGGAAAGAGCCUGUGAGCUGACUGGAAAUGCAACAGAACUGUCCUUAGAAAGGGAAAAUUUGUUGGCUUUUGUUCAAGGGUUGUAUGAUAGAAUCUAUGAGUUGUCUAAUGCAGACACUCAACUGAAGGACAUGUUGAGAAGCAUGGAGGAAUCUUUUGAGAUUGAUGGUGCUGGAGUGAAUUUGAAAAAGGAUGAUAACUUUUUCCAUGUGAAAGAGAAUAUGUCAGUUCAAGUUUCUCCUGCUAGUAGGAUAAAGAAAGUUGAAGCCAUUUCUGAUGCAAGAUCUCCAUUCAAGGAACUCAAUAGUAGUUGGUAGAGGAAUAAUAGGAUGUGUGCAUGAAAAAGUCAUGUAGUUUUAAAACAUGACCUUUUUUUUCUUUCUUUCUUUGGUUUGUAUAUGGAAUUCCAUUUGUAUUCUACGUAUACUUGUUCAUUUUCAAUGAAUCUUUUCCACUGAGAUUUCUCUUUUUUAA